AUCAUUCAGAUUUUCUUAUUCAAAUCGUGCGCGUCAAGACUCAAAGAGCGGUUAAGUUUAAGACCGUAUUUAAAUAACUAACGGAAACGAGUUUCAAAUUUAAGUCCAAGUUUUAUAGAACCACUGAAAUCGAUAAGAAAAUACUUCAUUAAACCGAAAAGUGAAUAAAACUUGCACCGAAAUGGCGCUUUCCAAGGUCGAUGCCAACAACUCUGAAUUGGAUCAGGAGCGUUACUUACGUGAUGCUACACAUCAUUUUCGUGGCAUAGAAAAACCUCUCAAAUAUGGUCCAACCAUUGAUAAUCUAACGGAUCUGAUUUCGGCCCUUCACAAGGAAUUCGAAACGAGCUAUGUAAAUAUAGAGAUGGUUAAUCACAUAAUGUUGACAUAUAAGUCGAAUCCGCGCGAAUGGAAGCGUUUCGCUAAGUUUGAUCGUUAUAAAUACACACGCAAUUUGGUUGACGCCGGUAACGGCAAAUUCAAUUUGAUGAUCCUAUGCUGGGGUGAAGGCCAAGGCUCAGCCAUACACGAUCAUGCCGAUUCACAUUGUUUUAUGAAAAUGCUUAAGGGUGAUCUACAGGAGACAAGGUAUGAAAUGCCAUGUACCAAGGCUAUAGAUAUGCCCAGUGUAGAUAUUGGUCAAACUAAUGAUGACGAUGAUAAUGAUGAAGAAUUCAAUAGCGAAGAAUUGAAGACGAUAGGCUCUUCAUCGAUUAGUUUGAAUGAUGUUGCCUAUAUAAAUGAUAAUCUUGGCUUGCACCGAGUGGAAAAUCCUAGUCACAUCGAGACGGCGGUGUCGCUUCAUUUGUAUUGUCCCCCCUUUGAGGAGUGCUCUGUCUUCCAUAAGAACUCUGGCAAGCGUAUAAAGUGUCCUGUGACCUUUUGGAGUAAAUAUGGAGUGCGUCAGCAUCAGUCCAAAUAAUAGAAUUUCACCGUAUGAGAUUUUUUCCUUUUGCAUAUCAGAAACGCUUUGAAAGAUCAGAUGAUAUGAUCCUGUAUAACAACAACAAACCUACUAGAAUAUUUUAAUGUAUGCCUUAUUUUGAAUUUUCUUAUAAAUUUUUGUAUACAUACAUACAUAUGUAUGUACGUAACAGAGUUUUGUAAACUAUUUGUACAGCGAACGGGUUUAAAGCAAAAAUGUAUCAUUCCAAACGGC